GUGGAUUAGGGUUUUAGGGGAGAGGGACAAGGACGCACGGGAGAAGAAGAAGAAGGAAUUGUCACUCCAAAGUAUAGGAAGCAAGCUCGUGAUUCCCAUUUUGGCGUCUCCGUCGACGUCUCGCUGAGCUGAGCGCUCGUAUCACAUUUGUCACAAUGGGUCGCCGUCCGGCUAGAUGCUAUAGGCAGAUUAAGAACAAGCCAUACCCCAAGUCUCGGUUCUGCCGGGGUGUGCCAGACCCUAAAAUUCGUAUCUACGAUGUGGGUAUGAAGAAGAAAGGAGUCGAUGAAUUUCCCUACUGUGUGCACUUGGUCUCCUGGGAAAAGGAGAAUGUGUCCAGUGAGGCGCUCGAGGCUGCUCGUAUUGCCUGCAACAAGUACAUGACCAAGUAUGCCGGAAAGGAUGCCUUCCACCUGCGCGUGCGUGUGCACCCCUUCCACGUGCUUCGUAUCAACAAGAUGCUUUCAUGUGCCGGAGCCGAUAGGCUUCAGACAGGUAUGAGGGGAGCCUUCGGCAAGCCUCAGGGUGUGUGCGCCCGUGUGGCCAUUGGGCAGGUUCUACUCUCCGUUCGUUGCAAGGACCAGAACGGUGUUCACGCACAGGAGGCGCUUCGUCGUGCCAAGUUCAAAUUCCCUGGUCGCCAAAAGAUCAUCGUCAGCAGAAAGUGGGGAUUCACCAAGUUUGCUAGGGUCGAUUACGUCAAAUGGAAGGAAGAAAACCGUCUGGUCAACGAUGGUGUCACUGCCAAGCUUCUUGGAUGCCACGGACCUUUGGGCAACCGCACUGCUGGAAGGGCUUUCAUUGAUGCUGCUGUUGCAACUCACUAGGCAUUUUCAUCUAGUUGUCUCACGUUAUCCGGAUUGUAUGUACUUGAGCUUGGGCAUUAAUGAACUAAGAGUGAAAUUGAUGCGGAUUUUCGAAGUUGGAACGUCCUACGAAAUUUAUUUUUGUGAA